AUGCCGUCGCUCACACCCGAUGCAGUCGUCGUCGAUGCCGCGUGCCUCGACGCGCCGCCCCCGUCCGGUACCUGCGGCACACCCGAGAACAAGCCGAAGCUCCUCCACAGCCUGCAGCACGGCAGCUCCAUCCUCGCCCUCGCCGCGAGCCCCGAACACGACACCAUCUACGCCGGCACGCAGGACGGCGAGAUCAUAACCUGGUCGCUCUCGACCUUCCACCAGCUGCUGCACGUCCAGGCCCACAAGCGCAGCAUCCUCUCGCUGUCGCUGUCCGCCGACGGCGCGCUGCUCUUCUCCAGCGCGGGCGACCCCAUCGUCAACGUCUGGUGCGCCCGGACGCUGCGCCGGCUGCACGAGAUCUACGGCACCUACGACGUCGGCGACCUCUUCAGCACCGCGUACAGCCCCCAGCACGACACGCUGUACCUGGGCGCGCAGAACACAUCGAUCCAGUGGGUGCGGCUCGGCGACCCGGCCGCGGUCGUCCCCGCGGGCUCGCAGAAGCACCCGGACCGCCGCAACCACCGCUUCUUCGACUCCAAGGCCGUCGGCGGCGGCUGCACCCCGCGCCGCAACGAGGACCGCUGGGCGCUGAUCCCCCCGGCCAGCACGGUGCUCGAGAUCGACAGCGGCUCGAUCUGCAACUUUGCGCACUACGGCUACGUGUACUGCAUGCUCGUGGCCAAGGGCCCCACGGUGCUCGUGGACGAGGACGACGACGUCCUGAUCUCCGGCGCCGGUGACGGCACCAUCAAGCUCUGGGCGCUCGGCCGCGGCACCCGUGAGGGCCUGGACGAGGACGAGCCCGAUCGCGGCACGAUCGAGGAAAUCAUGAAGCUGGGGACGGAUGAUGCGGAAUCUGUGCUCUCUCUGGCCAUUGAUGGGUCAUUUCUGUAUUCCGGAAAGCUCGACGGCAUUGUUGAGCUCUGGGAUCUCGAUACUGCGCAGAAGUUGAGGGUCAUCAAGGCGGGCGAGUCGGACAUUAUGUCUCUGCAAAUGGCCUGCGGCUUUCUGUGGACCGGGUCUAUAGAUGGCCAUGCUAGUCAAUUCAGCACGGUGCACUACGGAAAAUACCAACAUCCCACAGACAAAAUCACCCAAAAGUACCAGUGCCUGGGUCGCUGGAAAGCCCAUCAGGGCAAGAUUUUGGCUUCCGCUGUGGUUAACUACCAUAACCAGCAGUUUUACAUUACCGGAGCCAACGACGCCAACAUCCGCGUCUGGGAAGUUGAUGGUUCAGAUACAACCACCGAGGAAACUGCGGAGGGCGGAGAUGACCAUCUGCUGUCUACUUUGGUAGACUUUGUUUCCUACAAAACCAUCUCAUCGAAGCCAGAAUUUAGGGAAGAUUGUCGCAGAGGCGCGACAUUUCUGGGUGCUCUGUUUAAGCGUCUGGGCGGCGAUGUUGAGAUGCUCAGCACGGAGAAGGGGCACAACCCUGUCGUGUACGCCAAGUUCUCGGCCAAGCAGGAGUCGGCCAAAACGCGGAAACGUAUUCUAUUCUACGGCCAUUACGAUGUCGUGGCCGCCGACAAUGAGGCGGGCAAAUGGGCAACGGACCCAUUUACAGUUGCAGGCAUCAACGGCUACAUAUAUGGGCGCGGUGUGAGCGACAACAAAGGUCCUGUCGUGGCGGCGCUAUACGCCGUCACAGACUUGAUGCAGGCAAAGCAGCUAGAGAACGACAUCAUCUUCUUGAUCGAGGGCGAGGAAGAGUAUGGGUCACGAGGCUUUAGAGAAGCCGUGCGGCAAAACAAGGACCGCAUCGGCCACAUUGACUAUAUUUUGCUGGCCAAUAGUUACUGGCUCGAUGACGAGGUGCCUUGCCUUACCUAUGGCCUUCGCGGCGUGCUACAUGCAACUGUCUGUGUUGAUUCGCCGCGACCAGACACGCACUCCGGUGUAGAUGGAUCCUUCAUGAUGAAUGAGCCGCUAUCGGACCUGACCUACAUCGUCUCCAAGCUCAAGGGCACCGGCAACCGCGUGCAGAUUCGGGGCUUCUACAGCGGGAUCCCAGCACUGACGCCCGCAGAGGAGGCGCGAUACGAUGACAUCGUGUCCAUCCUGAAGCGUACUCGUUCGGACAACAUUUCGGAGGAAGCCCUCAAGCGGUCGCUGAUGGCGCGGUGGCGGGAGCCCAACCUGACCGUGCACAGCUACAAGGUCUCCGGCCCUGACGGCAGCCUGGUCAGCAGUCACGCCAACUCGCACAUCAGCCUGCGCCUCGUGCCAGGCCAGGAGGUCAACGAGGUCGCCGAGGAGCUGACGCAGUUCCUGCAGCAGCAGUUUGCCACGCUCGAGUCGCAGAACCAGCUGAGCAUCAGCAUAGACAACAAGGCCGAGCCCUGGCUCGGCGACACCAGCAACAGCAUCUUCCGCAUCCUCGAGCAGGCCAUCAUCGAGGCCUGGCCGGACUCGUUCGACGCCGCCGGCAGCAGCGCCAAGGGCGGCAAGGCGGCGUCCAAACCCCGCGGGCCCCUCUAUAUCAGAGAGGGCGGCUCCAUCCCGGCCAUUCGGUUCCUGGAGAAGGAGUUCGAGGCGCCGGCGGCGCACCUGCCAUGCGGUCGAGCGAGCGACUCGGCGCACCUGAGCAACGAGCGCAUGAGCGUGGUCAACUUGUUAAAGGCGAGGGAGAUUAUGGGCAAGGUGUUUCGCCGCCUGUAA